AUUCGAUGUUCAAGCUUCCAACUUCAACUUCCUUUUCUUGUGAUUGCCAAAACAUCGCCACUCUCAUGCCAACAUCUCGUUUUUUUUUAAACAUACAGGAAUGACAGCGGGAGUUUGCAGGAGUUCACAGGAUUUUAAUCGGCUCGCAGCAUCCUACCACGUUAUUUGAUGUCUACCGGAUAGAUAUAUCAAUCUCGGCAUGUUCAUGCACGCUGCCGCUUUGCGAAUAGCCGCAUUAUUUUAUUAUUUUAUUUUUGGAACACUUGGAGAUGUAGAGCUUCUUGUUGUUUGUUUCCUUUGGCGUACAGAUUUUUCGCUUUCCUCAUAUCUUGAGUCUAGCUUUUAUGCCCCGUUUGUGCCGCUGUGUGUGGCAGGCUCAUGUGCUGUGGCCUAUUACAGAUAUACACGCCAUGUUGGCCAUGGAGUAAACGAGGCGCCAACAUGGGAGGGCCCGGCACGGCCUUUGUUGUUACCUUGCCGUACAACUCAUUCUAGGCUUUUCCCAAAGAAACACUCCUUCUCCUAUUCCUAUCUCUUAGUUGGGAUUCCCGUCAAUUGGACUGGUGUUGCAGGCAGCAUGAUAUCUCACAACAGCGAUGCGAAAGGCUGGUACCAUAUUGACGCUGCGGACUAUCUUGAAAGGGGUAACGGUAAGCUUGGUCUAAGGGGUAAAUUGGAUGCUUACCUAGACUCACAAGGCGUUGAUGCUUCCAAAUACCCAUAUGCGUAUUUGGCUACUGCCGCCAAAUUUCUGGGUUACCAUUUUAAUCCCGUUUCUUUCUGGUAUCUCUAUUCUGCCGAAAAGCGAUUAACAGCAAUGAUUCUUGAAGUUAAUAACACGUUUGACGAAAGACGGAUGUAUUUUCUAACGACUGAUGACGACGCGAAAUGCUCAAUAGAGGCUCCUGAAACUAACGCCACCUCUGGAGUCUCUCAAGCUUCAAAGCCACUGAGGCAAACUUGGCAAAAGGACUUUCACGUAUCCCCUUUCAAUUCUAGAAAAGGUGCAUACUCACUCAUAGCCCACGACCCUCUACUCCCAGAGAUGGAAGGCCGAGGCCCAAUUAAUCAUACGAUCAACUUAAUAUCUUCCAAAAAUAAUGCGAAGCUGGUCACCCGCAUUUUCUCUGAUGGCGAUGCCAUGGAUCCUACGGAGAUGACCUUGGCUCAAAAAGCCAGGUUCUUGGCCUCAUGGUGGUGGGUGGGUUUCGUCACCUUCCCACGGAUCGUGAAAGAAGCCGCCCUCUUGUUUUUUAAACGAACACUCCACGUAUGGUAUCGGCCCGAACCACUGAAGACGAGCAUUGGUAGACACGCCGAUAAGAUCGAAUCUCAACUCGAGCCGCUGUUCAGAAGUUACUUAAAGCACCUGGUAGAGCAGUCAUCCGAGUCGCUCGUGCUGAAAUACACUCCAAGUGGCGGCAUCGCGGACGCGCCCGUAGAGAUCAUAAGAUCAGCCUCGGCUCAAAAGGAUCCCACACGUGCCGAAGAGGUCGAGUUCAAGGUCUUGACACCUGUGUUCUACUCGAGAUUUGUGUAUUAUGCCCAUGAUUUCGAGGCCAUGUUUUGUGAGCUCAACGAAAGCAACACAAUAUCAGUAUCGAAACCAGAAUUAUUGCCAAAGCUUGUCAUUAAGAAGCAACCGCCUCCCUUGCUUCAAACCACGAGCUAUUUGGAUUAUGCUUAUUUUACGGCAAUAAAGAACUUGAGAAAGAGACCUGAACGAAUUGAACGACCAAUGACUUCUAGUCAGACCAGUACUGCUCGUUCCCAGGAAGACAUUAGGGGCUUUCGGCUUUCGGCCAUGGAUGGAUAUGUCCUUGGUUGUGAAGACAAUAAGCUGAGACGAGUCUACAGGAAUUCUGUUCUGAAGCUGUUCAUCGCUGAUAGAAUUGCCAUGGGUAGUGUCGAUGUACUAGAUCUUGAACAUUGGGUUUUCAGGCUGUUGCUAGCUUGGUUUGUAGUAUUUUGACGAAGACAGAACCAAGGCUUAAUAGUUGAUAGAAACAAGAAAUCAAUCCCAACACUCAGAUACGGACCGAGUCUAGGAGAGUAUCACCGAGUUACGUCGGAAUAUACUCGACCCACAUAAGUUUGGUUUUCAAAUAUCAAGGAUACUCAGGCUGUAUUUGGAAUUCCAUGGCCAAUUUGAGAUGUCAAGAGACACAGUGGAGUUGGAUUGACAGUAAACCCGCAUAACCCGCACAACCCGAGAAGCGGUUGUAGUGUUUGAUUAGCAUUAAGAUGCAGCCGAAUCGAUAUAACGCCGGCUAGAUUGGUUCACUAAUCUAGUUAAUAGGGAGCGAGAUAGAUAAUCCCCGAAGUCUUAUGCGAACGGACUUAGGUAGAAGCGGCGAAUAUUCAUAGGAUUCGGCGCGGCUAUACUAGGUAGUUAGAGGUAUGUAGAGAACGGCAGGGCAAGUAUUCCAAAUACCAAGAGCCACUCAGCAUCGGCACCUCCACUUCGGAAGCUAAUCAAACAUUCGGGUCCUAGUACAAUAGGAGGUUGGUGGCUUCGACCGGCGGAGCUAAGACUAGGAUCUUUGACAAAUACCUCUUCUAUCUAACAGUUUGAGCAGUUUUUUUAUGUAUCACAAACAAUGAAAUGUUAUGGAUCCGAUCCUGAUGUCUCACAUAAGUCUUGAAAGCGGAG